CGUCCUACAGUGUGAUUGGUCAGUGGUUACAGAGUGGGCGGGGUCAGACGUCAAUGUUUUUGUAGCCCGCUGUCCGUGUCUGUAGCCGCACCAAGGACUCCGCAAUGUGAUUUUGUGGCACCGAUUUGUUUUUGUACCGUUUGUAGCCGCUGCUAGCGUGACGUUAAAAACCGCAGUUACCAUGGGGAACCACUAGCAGGUGAAACACGGACGAAGCCGAGGAAAACGCCGGGAUGGCAGGCGCCUUUGGGCUCAAAGGCUGCCAGAAAAUUCGAGGUCCGCAGAUUCGGAAUCUGCUCGAGGCGAAGGACUUCUUCCUGUUCGACUGCGACGGGGUCAUAUGGCACGGGGAGAAGGCGAUAACGGGCGCCGCCAAGGUGGUCAGUUCGCUCAUCCGACAGGGCAAAAACGUGGUGUUCGUCACCAACAACAGCACCAGGCCCCGGGAGAAUUACGUGCACAAGUUCUACCGGCUCGGCUUCACCGACGUGAUGCUGGAGCAGAUCUUCAGCUCGUCCUACUGCUCCGCUCUCUACCUGCGCGACGUCGUCAAGGUCUGCGGCCAGGUGUUCGUCAUCGGCUGCGACGGGCUGCGCAGCGAGCUGCAGGAGGCGGGCAUCCCCUGCGUGGCGGAGGCGGACGACCCGGACGCCACCAUCUACGACUGCGCCCUGGCUCCGGACGUCAAGGCGGUGCUGGUGGGACACGACGAUAAACUGACUUUCCUCAAACUGGCGAAAGCGUCGUGCUACCUGAGGGACCCGGACUGCCUGUUCCUGGCCACCGACAACGACCCCUGGCACCCUCUGUCAGGCGGAAGGAUCCUGCCAGGCUCCGGCUCCCUCACCGCUGCCCUGGAGGUGGCCUCAGGCCGUAAGGCCACCGUCAUAGGCAAACCCAGCCGCUUCAUGUUUGAGUGCAUCUCCAGUCAGUUCAGGGGAGUGGACCCCGCCCAGUGCCUGAUGGUCGGGGACCGGCUGGAGACAGACAUGCUGUUCGGGUCCAACUGCGGCCUGGACACCAUGCUCACGCUCACCGGCGUGUCUCAGAUGGAGGAGGCCCAGCAGUACCAGAACAGUGAGCUGCCCACCAACCUCAGCUUAGUACCCAACUACGUAGUGGACACCAUCGCCGAUUUCUUACCUGCGUUUGAGGAACUGGAUGAACAAAGCAACUGACAAGCAAGUUAUUUUUCCUCCAGAGCGGUCGCCGUCUGCUUUUACUGUGAUUCACGUGCAAUGUUUAGCCUGCGUUUGCAAACAAAACUUCACAAUCAACAGUAAUUGGCAAGUGUCAGUGUUCCUCAAGUAAAAUGGCGCUGUCCCAUUAUGACCAGAACACAGGACUGAAUAAUCUCCUCAGAAAUAAUCUGAAUAAUCCAAUGCAUACCUCAGUGUUUCUAGUGUCGUGCCCAUGUGUGAUUUGAAAAUGUUACUGUUGAUAUUAGUACAUGAAUAUACUGCACUUUCUUGUUCAUAGGUUGUGUUUGGAACAUGCAGAGGUAUUUUUGUAAACCCAUGAAGUGUUCUGUACUAACAUUCAUGUGUUUAGCAGCUGGUUGUUCAUUUGUACUUCUGAAUGCAGAAACGUUUUCUCUUACUACGUGUUUGCCUGAGUGUGAAUUCGCCUCCAUAGGUUCACAGCAGCAGGGGAAAAUUAACACUGUGAGCUCCUCUCAGCUGUGGUCGAGACCAAGACAAUCUGUCUGUCGGGCAGGUGACGUGGAAACUCACGUUUGGCCUUUCUGUCAUGUCUGUACUACAUGUGCCAAUAUUCAGCAGAGUAAUACGAGGCUUGCAAAAUCUAGCUAGAAACCAGUAACACGUUUAAUGGUGGCCAGUCAUACGGCACUGUUGUUAUAUUUCAGUGGUGUUAAUGUUUACCAUAUAAAGCAUGCCAGCAAUGCUAACAAUAAAUACUACAAACUGA